UCAUGCACGCCAUACAUUUGUUUGCGAUUCUUAUCAUUUUACAUACCAAGUGUGACAUACUGUCUUCCUUAGCAGACGAUACUCUAUUUAAUGCAGCACUUUACAAACCAGCUUUUCAAUCGUCGGUGUUUCAAGGCAAUUCUGCUGAAAGAGGAAAUGAUGGUAGGAUGCGAGGCGAGAUGAACAGUGGAAAUUGUAUGCACACAUUGUGUCAGAACAACAGUUGGUGGAUGGUGGAUCUCAUGGACGAUUAUGUCAUUCAUGGAAUUUUUCUCACCAACAGGGGUGACUGGUAUGCAACAGCCAUCAAGCUGAACAAUUUCCAGAUUGACGUGUUUAAAACAGACCCCAGACUAGCACCGCCCUUCCCUUUAGACUCUGGAGACAUUUGUUACAACCAGACAGCACCUGUUGGUACAGGCAACUACACCUGGAACUGUGCCAGACCUACUGUUGGUCGUUACCUGCGCCUCAUUAAAUCCAAUGAUGAAUGUCUCCAUAUGUGUGAGAUGCAAGUGAUGGCCUCAAUUUUAAAAUCACGAGUCAGAAAUUUUAAACUUUACCAAAACAAGAAACUAAACAUGACGUCACUACUUAACCUUACCGUGUCCAAACCUUUGUUGUGUGGCUCUCAAUGUUUACAGAAACACUUCACGGGCGGUUGUACUGCUUUCAACUGGUUCCCUGCUACACGACUGUGUCUAUUGUUUUAUCUUGAUCCUAGAAUAACAUCACUUGUAUCUCAACUUGUGUCAGUGUCUGGUGCCCAGUUCUAUAUUAUGACUUACUAG